AUGACUCAAGCAAGCAAAGCGAAGAUGACUUUAGGUCUACUCAACCUACCUAAAGUAUACACCAGCAUCCGCAACAGCCUAGAGGCGGAAAUGCAAAAUGUGGGUUGUGUCAAUAAAAGCACGUCCGGUAUGGCUGCGUUCAAUGCCCUAUGCCUUUACUUGAUGAACUUGCCCUCCCUCAACGGUUUUCUGCCAAUUUGGACUGGGGGUGACUCCGAUGCCCGUAGAGCACUGGCGAGUGCUCUACAGUGGCUCAUCGCAGAUCUUGGUAUGAAGGAUAGGUUAUCAAGGGGACAGGGAGACCGUCAGUUCAAAGAGGCUGCCGGUGAUAGUGAUGAUGAUGAUGACGGCGGUGGUCAGGCAGCCGGAAGACGCUCUCGCAAAGGGAAAGAGCGUGCAGUACCUCCGGAACUCGUGCGACCUUCCAUAAUGGUUACCGUGGUGGACCCCGAUGCUCUAGGGGCAUUCUUUAUGCUCGUCCCACCACCUACUUAUGACUGGAAUGAUCCCCUGAACGAACCUUCGUUCAUCGGAAUUUUGACCAAGAUAACUUUCCCCGAGCUAUGCAACUUGAUCCUGAAGCACACCGCACCCGGCAGAGCAGUCAGGACAAUCUGGGGGCAAUUGAGAAUGUCCCCCCGGCAGCUGUUCCUCCCGUUCGGCCGGUGGAGAGCAGGCGCGGGUGCUAACCUGGGUGGUGCGGAAUCUCCCCCGUUGAACCCGGCUUUCCCUCACGUUGAGGAAGAUGAUUAUAGCAUGAUCGAUAUUCCUGCAGAGGAUUCGGAUUACGAGGAGGGAAAGCACCGGAUAAAUGCCAAAGGACUGAGGGUAUAUAUGCCUAGAACUGAUGCCAGUAAUCAAAGGCUAAUUCAGACUCUUGUUAGGCGUCGCGAUAGACAGCAGGAUGCUAUCGACGAUUUAGACCCCAAAUACGUUAGGAAGUAUCCUUUGGGUGUCGGGGUUGCUGACCCAAACUUCUUACAGAGGACGAUCUGGACACCUGCCGUGAUAGUAGCCAAGAGAGCUGCUGACGCACUCGCGGCUGCUGGUGCUGGAGGUGGUGGUGGUGGUGGUGGUGGUGGUGGUGGUGGUGGUCUAGGACCUCCACCGCCUCCGGGUGGACCUCCUCCUCCUCCGGGCGGCGGUGGUGGUGGAGGACCAGCUGGAGGCGGUGGUGGUGGUGGUGGUGGGCCAGCUGGAGGCGGUGGUGAUGGUGGUGGUGGGCCAGCUGGAGGCGGUGGUGAUGGUGGUGGUGGGCCAGCUGGAGGCGGUGGUGAUGGUGGUGGUGGUGAUGGUGGUGAUGGUGGUGGGCAUCAUUAG